AUGGCUGCACUGCGGUGGCAACAAAUGUCACCACACGACGGCACGCGCUUGCCCUCUUCCUCCUUUCAUCUCGUCCCCAAGCACACCAAGCCGCCUACAGGCGACGACAUCCCGCCUUCUCAGGGGCAGGCCAACCACAGCCUGCGCUAUCCCACUCAGCGACCCUGGAGACCCCUGGUCAAAGCAGAAUCGUCUCACGCCACAACCGAGAGAGUGGCCCCUCUUGGAGCCCUGGCCGCUCUCUUGCCGUCACCGUCUUUUCCAUUUUCGCUGAACCUGCUCUACCCGUACUGCGCUGUCAACACCACGGCCAUCUUCACAGACCCUUUGUUCAGAGCGCCUUCAUCCUGGAAUGUGCCACCUCUACCGAACCAUAGUACAGCUGCCUUGCUCGCUGUACCACUCAUGCCCGGCUACGCACUUCUGCCCGUUUCAUUCUGA